AUGAAAAACAUUGGUGCAUACAUCGGACGUACAGCGUAUAAAAUCAAACGAAAACUCACAUUCGCUGUCACCUCAUCGAAUACGUCUACUCUUAUCAAUGCACUACGGGCUUUUCAAAACAGUGCUGGGGUGUUCCCGCCCCUAAAAUCCACGAUUGGGGACCUGAUAGCCAGGGUAGAGCACGUAGAGCUCAGCUCGAAGCAUCGUCGUGAGUUCGGGGGUCUAGCAAGAAGGAUUACUUCACUCAGUGAUUCGCUUGCCGAGCACAUGCAAGCUUUCAAGCUGACUCAUGUUUCCUACUUCUUCGAGAGAAAAGCAGCGUCUGUCAAAGAGCAAGUGACGAUCAUCAGCAAUAAUCAGGAACGCGGAACAAGGUGGCGUGUUUGGAAGGUUAAGCAAUGUCAGGGCGAGAUACUCAACGGAUAUAGACGGAUAGCUGAGAUUCUUGAGGAGCUACAUAGGUGGUGCAUAGAAGAACAGGAAACGAACUCCCGUCUCGAAGUAUUGGCACCGGUCCACGACGCCACCUACGAUUCCAUGAUGUCCCGUGAGCUCAAUCGCCGAGCUUGUGCUAGAGACACCCGAGCAAAUAUCCUGAAUGAGCUCGAACAAUGGUCACUCGAUCCGACCAAGCCUAACAUAUUCUGGCUAAAUGGCACGGCUGGCAUGGGCAAGACAACCAUCGCAUAUACCUUUGCGCAGUCACUACGAGAACGGGGGGCACUUGGCGCUACUUUUUUUUGCGUGCGUGCCUCGGGGGAGUGCCGUGAUGCGAGAAGAAUAAUACCCGCUGUUGCGUACCAGCUUGCGCAGUACUUGUUUUCAUUCCGAUCGGCCUUGCUGGAUGUGUUGGAGAAUGAGCACAGUAUGAAGUUAGAAUCCAUCGCCGACCAGUGCGAACAACUAAUCAAGGAGCCACUAUCGAGGAUCAAGGGUGGAAUGACAACAUGGCCAAUCAUCGUGAUCGAUGGACUAGACGAAUGCAGUAGCUCGAGCGAGGUGGAAACGAUGCUCGACAUGCUCUUCCGGGUUGUUCCCAACCUACCUAUCAAAGUCUUAGUUACCAGUCGGCCCGAGCCAAACAUCCGCCGCGGAAUCGUGGCCCAGUCUGACCAGUCUGACCAGAGCCGUUCAAUCUGCGUGCUUCGCGAAAUUGAUGAUUCCCCAGUAGAGGUGGAAGUCGAGCAGUACCUUCAUGAAGCACUUGGGAACAGCGUCUCAGAGCAUGACUUGAGCAGGCUUUCCAGGCUCUCCGGCGGUUGGUUCAUAUGUGCGGUUACUCUAGUUCGGUAUCUUUUCAGACAAGGGAAUAUAGUCGACCAGGGCCGGCUGGAAGCCGCUCUGACCCUACCUUCCGACUUGGAAAAUAGACACCUUGACAUUGACCGUCUGUAUACGAUGAUUCUAGAUAGUGCAGUUUACGGGCCAGAUCAAGAGCCGGAAGAUCAAGAGCAGAUGCGCCUGAUCAUCUGGACGGCACUACGCGUUCGAGAGCCCGUCAGCGUUGAUACACUCGCAGCAUUGACUGGAAUUGAGGUGACAAAGGCGAACAUUUUGCUCGAGCCGCUCUACUCUAUAUUGUAUAUGUCGCAAGCGACUGGAACGAUCACCACACUACAUGCAUCGUUCCCUGACUUUAUGUUUGACAAGGCACGGUCGGCAAAAUUCUACUGUGACGAAGCAAAGCACAAUCAACUGCUCGCCAAACGGUGCUUUCAGUUGAUGAAAGACCAGCUGCGAUUCAACAUCUGUGGCAUAGAAACGUCGUUUAUACCCGAUAGCAAAGUGCAGGACCUAGAAGCUCGUGUACAGAAAUCAAUCUCCCCAACGUUGUCGUACGUUGCGAAAUAUUGGGGAGAUCAUCUAAUGAAGAGUGCGCCUUGUAAGGCAGUGCGGAAAGGGCUGGAAGAUUUUCUGUCGGAUCGGCUACUGUUCUGGAUAGAGGUACUGAGCCUGAAGCACAUACUUGACAAAGGGAUAAGCAUACUGUCGGAAGUUAAGCGAUGGAUGAUGGACCAGGUUCAAGAUAGAUCAUCAGAUCUCAUCAGGUCACUCGACGACUCACGGAUCUUCCUGUCAAAGUAUGCCGCUGGACCGGUUUCGCAGUCCACACCGCACAUAUACAUCUCAGCAUUGGCAUUGUGCAAUCACCCAAGCUCAGUCUACAAACGGUACUGGAGUCGCACCCGAGGACUUUUGAAUCUGCGAGGCUCUGUGAUGAAGCUGCCGCUACUCGCAACAUGGUGGGUGCACCUGGUGGGCCAAUCGCUAGCAUUCUCUCCUGACGGGACUCGAUUCGCAAUUGGAUUUGAAGAUGGGACGGUUGCACUAUUUUAUGCUCGCAGUGGAGGAGUUGCUCUUGGACCCCUGGAAGGGCACACCUGUCAGGUCAACUCCGUGGCUUUCUCUCCUGACGGACUGCUGCUUGCCUCUUGCUCUCACGACGGUACAAUCCUUGUGCGAGACGCGCAGACAGGCAGUUGCAUAUAUGACGUAAUCAAGGGGCACGAAAGUGAAGUAACGUCAGUAUCAUUCUCACCGAACGGCAAGCAGAUCCUCUCAGGGUCCAAUCACCGGACAACGCGGAUGUGGGACAGUGGCAACGGCAGCCUCAUACCCAACUCCAUCAAGUGUCAUCCUUCAAUAGUCAAGUGCACGGCAUUCUCUCCUGAUGGCAAGCAUAUCGCCUGUGGCUUGAAUGGCCACAAGUCACCCAUUGUUGUUUACGAUGCAUCCACCAGCAAGUCUCUCCCUUUUCCAUUCAACGCUCAUCGGUCCUCAGUCUAUUCAAUCGCCUUUUCGCCAAACAGCAAGCACCUUGUCACUGGCCAUUAUUCCGGUGAGCUGCGCGUCUGGAGUCUGCAGGACGGCACCGUCACACGUUCCCCACCCAAAGUACACAACCGCGCAAUUUCAUCCAUUGGGUUCUCGCCACUCGGAAACAAACUUGUCACUGCCUCGCAUGAUGGGUGCGUGUAUAUGUGGGAUGUAGAGAACGGCUACUCCAACCCUUGCCUACUUGGCACACACGACGAUGAGGUUUACUCCGCUGCGUUCUCACCCGACGGCACACGAGUCGCAUCAUGCUCAUAUGACCGCACCGUCAAGAUGUGGAAUGCGCUGCACCCGACAUUAUCUUACACCUCACACUCGAACGCACCGACCAAGGGUGUCUUGUCGGUCGCUAUCUCGCCCGGUGGCUCACGCAUAGCCACAGCCGGUGGUGACAAAGCGAUCCAUAUAUUCCGCGCACACGACGGCAUCACCCCUCUCGAGGCGCUUGUAGAACAUGCUGGCUUGGUCCUCUCCGUGGUGUUCUCGCCCGAUGGAAGGUAUCUUGCCUCUGGUAGUUCUGACAAAGCUAUCUGUAUAUGGGAUGGCGAAAGUGGCAAGCUACUAUCCGGUCCAUUUCGAGGGCACAAGGGCUGGGUUCAAUCGGUUGUGUUCUCGCCCGAUGGGAGAUGGAUUGUGUCCGCCUCAACAGACAAGACCAUACGAAAGUGGGAUGUGCGCGGUGGGAGUCUGAAGCUUACCGACCUUGUUGGAAUACACGACGGUUGGGUCUACUCAGCGACAUUCUGCCCCGAUGGCCAGCGCAUUGUUUCCAGUUGCAGUAAUAGAAAGAUUUACAUAUGGGACGCACAGACUCUAUCGCUUGUGUUCGAUCCUUUUGGGCCCCAGUGGUUCGAAGGGGGUAUCCGGGCGGUGACAUUCUCGCCCAACGGCAGAUUCGUUGCCUGCGGGUCGACUGACCGCACUAUCCGCAUGUUUGACUCGCGCAGCGGCGAUCUGGUCUUAGGUCCUCUCAAGGGACACCAGGGUUCGGUCAUGUCAGUUGUGUUCUCGCCCGACGGCAAUUAUAUCGUAUCUGGCUCGGAUGAUGGAAGCGUUCGCGUGUGGAAGGUGGAGGAUGGAGCUCCUGUAUAUGAGCCACUUCAAGGCCAUUUAGGCUGGGUUAGCUCGGUAGUAUGCUCGUCAGACGGCGUGUACAUCAUCUCAGGUUCGUCGGACUCAACGAUUCGAGUGUGGAAGGCGCCAGGAGGACGCGUUGCAUCCGACCCAACAAACCCUGCCCCUGAAAUCCCAGACCUGAGAGACGUUGAUCGUGCGAUCGCUGGCGGGAUGACGAUGUCAAAGGAUGGGUGGGCGCGAAACCGUGAGUCACAGCUGCUGUUCUGGGUUCCAUCGGGCAUGGCACAGCUCUUCCCCACACCGGAGACCGUCUACACCGUUGGACCUGAAGGUACGCUACAAGCAGAUUAUAGUCAGCCUCUUCUGCUUGGCAAUGAGUGGCGUGGGUGCUAUGAGGGGUGA